AACAGUUACACCGUUACUAGGAAUUAAGAGAAUGAGGAAGAAUGAAAAGCAUAAAAAGUUGCACUAUGAGCAAGCCUAUUUGUGUGGUGACCAAUGACGACGCGAGGCCGCGACAACUUUCGACUCGUUCGGGUAAUGUUGGCAGCGCCGGAUAACCUCAUUUCCGCGUGUCUAGCGCCUAUUGUGACAGCUGUCAUAGAGGAAGAGUUACAUUCUAGUUGAGCCGUGAUCGUGCCAGUUUCGUGUAAACAAUUCUUUCGCCAUUUUGUGAAACAGCCUUGACUUUGCGCCUCGUCUCGAAUCCACGACUAAAUUGUUUUAAUUCUCGGCGUCUUGAACAACAACAUACACGGUGAAGGAUGACAAUGGGCGAUGAGACCCCGGUUACAUCACUGGUUCUUCCCGUCAUAUUAAGGCCAAUAUUAACCAAGCUGGAAAGGCAAAAUGUUAUGGCGGCACAGACUAUACGUGCGGCUCUCUCAAAAGCAGAGAGUUCGCAUCCUGGGAUUACAUAUGACUUAAUUAUGGGUAUAAUACGCAGAGCUGAGCUGAAUCUUGAUAUGAACGAGAGUGUCUUACGGUUACAAGGCACUGCUUCUGAUUAUGAUGUUGUGGAGUAUCGCUCAGCACGUCCAGAAGAUGCAUUCCAAGAAUUGAAUCGUAAAUCAACUUCUUUAAAGAGAAUACUUAGCAGAAUUCCUGAUGAAAUUACAGACAGAAAGACUUUCCUAGAGACAAUCAAAGAAAUUGCGAGUGCAAUAAAGAAACUUUUAGAUGCUGUGAAUGAAGUUACUGCAUUUAUACCCGGUUCAGCUGGUAAACAAGCCUUAGAUCAACGUAAAAGAGAAUUUGUAAAGUUUAGCAAAAGAUUCAGUAAUACAUUAAAGGAAUACUUCAAGGAGGGACAAGCAAAUGCAGUAUUUGUGAGUGCACUGUACCUGAUACAUCAAACAAAUAUGAUUAUGCUCACAGUAAAGGACAAAUGUGAGUAAACAGUUUUACUAUGAAUUUGCAGUGUUGUAUGUGAUAAUAUCACUAGAGUCAGAUAAACCAUAAAUAUUACAAUCAGCAUAACAUUCUAAUCUCACAUAUUCUAUUAUACAAGCAAUGAUAGAACCUAAAUAUCCGGUAUAGAAGAUUUAACGUCAUUAUGUUGCCGUUAAUCGG